AUAGCGGCAGAAGACCCUCUGCCAUCCAGAGCCGUGCAGGGUGCAGCCUCUUCCUUUCCUUCGAUUCAUCGGGCGCGCCGGCGGGAAACCCUAGUAAAAUUUCGAUCUUCCGUCAAGCCGCCGGCCGGUUAAUAUGGUUACGAUGGCUUCCGUUGCGUUCUCCGGUUCUGCUUCCGCUUCCGCCAAUCUGGUUUCUCGAAAUUCUGAGGGCUUUUCGAUCGUUCCCCGUCGCUUGCGAUGCAGCCUUCCGUACACUCGUUCCGCUGUGAGGUGCAGAUUGGUUGACCCACUGACAUCGAACAAUGGCACGCCGACAGGCUUUCCAUUCGCCAGCAACCGGACGUUGCCCGGAAAUUUAAUGGAACUGAGCUUGCGGGACGACAGAUCAAAGUUCGAUACAAGCCUGCGUAUCUUCUCAGGAACUGCCAAUCCCUCACUUUCUCAGGAAAUUGCUGGCUAUUUAGGUCUGGAACUUGGAAAGAUAAAUAUAAAGCGAUUUGCAGAUGGUGAAAUUUAUGUUCAGUUACAAGAGAGUGUUAGGGGAUGUGAUGUAUAUCUUAUUCAACCAACCUGCCCACCGGCAAAUGAAAAUCUCAUGGAGCUUUUGAUAAUGAUUGAUGCUUGCCGUAGGGCGUCUGCUAAAACCAUCACUGCAGUAAUUCCUUAUUUUGGUUAUGCUAGAGCAGAUAGAAAGACUCAAGGUCGUGAAUCUAUUGCUGCGAAGCUUGUUGCUAACUUGAUCACGGAAGCUGGUGCAAAUAGAGUGAUUUCUUGUGAUUUGCAUUCUGGACAGUCCAUGGGAUAUUUUGAUAUUCCAGUUGAUCAUGUGUAUGGUCAGCCAGUGAUACUUGAUUACCUAGCAAGUAAAACUAUUUCUUCAAAUGAUUUGGUCGUGGUCUCACCAGAUGUUGGAGGCGUGGCAAGAGCACGUGCUUUUGCGAAAAAGUUAUCCGAUGCACCUCUAGCAAUUGUUGAUAAAAGACGCCAUGGCCAUAACAUUGCAGAGGUAAUGAACCUGAUUGGUGAUGUUAAAGGAAAAGUAGCCGUCAUGGUGGACGAUAUGAUAGAUACUGCUGGUACUAUAGAAAAAGGUGCAGCUCUUUUACAUCAAGAAGGAGCAAGAGAGGUUUAUGCAUGCAGCACACACGCUGUCUUUAGCCCUCCUGCAAUCGAGAGGCUAUCGAGUGGCUUGUUCCAGGAAGUCAUUGUUACCAACACUAUCCCUGCAUCGGAACAAAGUUUUCCUCAGCUGACUGUUCUUUCCGUGGCAAAUCUCCUAGGCGAGACAAUUUGGCGGGUUCAUGAUGAUUGCUCAGUAAGUAGCAUUUUUCUAUGAUAAAUAUUCUAGUUGACAGAUCGACAAAUCAGCAGCAGCAGCUUUUUGUUUGGCCGUGGAGACAUUUUCUAUUGAGCUUCGGCAACAAUAACCCCUUCAGCUCCUUUGACUGAUCUUGAAUAACGAUUGCUGUUUAUUUAUUUAACAUUUCGACAAGGUUUUGAAUAAAGAGAGAGACGAGUCUGAUAUCGGAUUCCUGUCGCACUUUACUGACCAGGUUGACUAUGAACCCAAUUCUAGUUUGGACAUUGAUUGAUUUCGACGGAGGCGGGAGGAUCUUGUGCAGCUUUAUGUACAAUAUCCUUUCAAUAUCUCAUUGCAGAUAUUCUCCUGUCGAUCGCUUUGUACUUUGAGACAAAAUUCUAGUGUAUUCCUCCUCCAUGUAAUACUUGGAAAUCUUUUCAGAAUUUUAUCAU